AAGGUGGAGCGAUUUGGACCUGGCGAGGGGGUUCGUAUUGUCCUGACAGGCACGCGAUAGGCUCUCUGUCUGAUCAGUGUAAACUCGGCAUGACAUCUGCCAGUGGACCGCAGUUCGGGAGCUAUGUAACACCGACGACAAUAGGAAAAUCCUGAGCUAGAUGAGACGGUUGGGUGGAUCAGGUUCAGUGGGUGAAGGGCAACGACCGAUAUUUUUAUUCUUCAGAUUAGCGGUUUUUAUUCUGUAGGCUGCUGGGAUGAUUCAGCUACGACUGUCGUUCGCCAUUUCGCCUUCCAUAUGCACUGUAUUUUGCCUUUAAGUUUACGCUGUUUUAGCUUUUAGUUCUCUGUUGAUACUUCUCGAGGAGACGCAGCAGCAAGGGGACUCUACGACUGGUAGUCUAUCCUACAUCGCCUAAGGACCCGUUCAUUCGUUUAUGAACUGAAACUGAAUACGAACACCAAACAUGUUCGAAACAAAAGGAAUUCUGUUCGUUGUCCUUGACAUAGUCUGCCUUGUACUAGCUGGACUCCCAUUCCUAAUUCUCACACCACGGAACAGUCCGUACAAACGCGGAUUCUUCUGUGACGAUGACUCCAUCAAAUACCCCCACAAAGAAGACACCAUAUCCUAUCAGUUACUGGGCGGGAUCAUGAUUCCUUUUGUAUUGCUGUCUCUGGUCUUGGGAGAGUGCCUUUCAGUGUAUUUUAAGCGCAUCACUUCGAAGUCCUCCAUCAGGAAUAACUACGUGGCCUGCGUCUACAAGGCCGUGGGCACGUUCGUGUUUGGCGCGGCCAUGAACCAAUCGCUGACCGACAUCGCGAAGUUCACGAUUGGCCGGCUGCGGCCGCACUUCCUGGACGCGUGCAAGCCCGUGUGGGACCAAAUCGACUGCAAGUCGGGGGGCUACAUCGAGAACUUCACCUGCACCGGGGAAAGCGCCAUGGUGACAGAGGCCAGGCUGUCCUUCUACUCAGGCCACUCCUCCUUCUCCAUGUACUGCAUGGUGUUCCUCACGCUGUACUACCAGGUCAGGCUCAAGACGGAAUGGGCCCGGCUGCUCCUGCCCACCAUCCAGUUCUUCCUGAUUGCGGCCGCGCUCUAUGUGGGCCUGUCCCGCAUCUCCGACUACAUGCACCACUGGAGCGACGUCCUCGUGGGCCUCAUACAGGGCGCCAUCAUCGCCAUUCUGAUUGUAACGUGUGUGACGGACUUCUUUAAAAAGCCUGUGGCGGCUCACAAAGAGGAGGAGGUGGACAUGCCCCAGAGCUGCCUACAGGAGAGCCCCACCAACGGCAACCAUUACGGAAGCACUCGCUAACGGCUAACCAGCGCCGGCGAUCCGGGAACCAAUCAGAGCAUCGCGAGCUCCUGGGUGCACGAGCGAGUCUGAAGGAGCCGAGAACAUGUUACAGAACAAGUUCAUUCAGUCUCGUUGUGAACACUGCCUUUUUUUUUUUUUUUUGGACUGCUGUAUCUGCUACCAAAGUUCCUUCUGUCCUCUUCACAAACACCCGUAUAUUAGUGUAGCUAUAUGCCAAUACAUUCACACGAAAAAAAAGAAAUGUUUUUUUGUUUGUUUUUAUAAAAAGUAAACCAAAAAUUAUUUAUGUUGAAUUUUGUUUAUUAAAAUCCUUAAAAUUAUGUACAAAGCUAGCUUCUGUGCUUUCCGAAGAAAGCAUGCUUAAUAUGAACAAAAAUAAAAAAUAAAAAAAAGUGUUGGACAUCUAGUCUUGAGCACCUUGACAACGUCUCGCCACUGUGCACGACAGAACCAAAAAAAAAUUUUACAAAUAAAGACUGGCAGCAAACACGA